AAUGAAACGCAUUUUUCGCAUUUCGACAAUUUCACCGGAUUCCUUGGCUUUUCUUAUGUCAUAUUUUAAAUUCACCGUAAAUUAUCAACUUUAUUUAUUGUGCUAACGCCAAAUAAUAUUAAGCAAAUUAAGUUUUAUUCAACAGCAUGGCCUGACUGAAUUGCUUCACGUUUCGGUCAGCCAUGGCAUCUGACGUUGCAUCGUUGGAGCCGUCCGCUGACGAUGAUGUCAAGAAGAAUGCUGACGAACAAAUCGAUAAAGCAAAAGAUGAGACGGUGCCCGACCAAACUGAAGCAACAACCGCCGAUGAUGCGGCCAAAAAUGCUGCACCAUCGGAAGCAGAAGAAAAGAAGGUUAGCGUUAUGGAGGCACAUGGGUAUCUGCUCGGCACUAUCCUUGGCACAGGCUCCUAUGCUACCGUUAAAAUGGCGUUCUCCUCGCGGCAUAAAUGUAAAGUUGCUGUGAAAAUUGUUUCUAAGAAAAAGUCACCCACAAGCUAUGUGCACAAGUUCCUACCAAGAGAAAUUGAUGCCGUACGCAUACUGAGGCAUCCCAACAUCAUAUGCUUCCUUCAAUCCAUCGAGACCACCAACCGCGUGUAUCUUAUCAUGGAAGUGGCCGAUGGAGGUGACGUUUUGAAGGCGAUACGAGAUUCCAAACACAUCGAGGAGCCGGACGCUGGCAGGUGGUUUGGUCAGGUCCUAGGCGCCGUCGAUUACUGCCACAAACGAGGGGUCGUUCACAGAGAUCUGAAGUGUGAAAAUCUCCUCCUUGACCGUGCCAAGAACAUCAAAAUCACCGACUUCGGGUUCGCUCGCGUGUUCGAUCCCAAGGAGGCGAUGGAGCCGAGUAGCACGUUCUGCGGCAGCUACCCGUACGCACCGCCGGAGAUUCUGCGCGGCAUCGCCUACCACCCGCCGUCGGCCGACGUCUGGAGCAUGGGCGUCAUCCUCUUCACCAUGGUGUUCGGCCGGCUGCCGUUCGACGACCACAACCACCGCACGCUCAUCAAACAGGUGAUGGCGGGCCCCGUGUUCCCGGCACGGCACGCCUACCAGCUCAAGGCAUCCGCCGAACUCCGGGACCUGCUGGUCAAAAUUCUGAAGCCGAUGCCGGCGCGGCCCGGUCUGGACAGCAUCAGACAGGAUGCUUGGUUCGCCAAGCACUGCGCCGGCUCGGUGGUGGUGAAGCAGAGCAAGGACGGCACAUCCUUGAUGGAGGUGCUCAAAGAGGACGAGAGUCCCGCUGUCGAGUCGGAAGACGCUUUCUCCGAGUUCUGAUCAGAGUCAGUGUGAGGUAAAGUCGCCACUAAGUUUGGUCUAUCGGAUUUGUGUUGGAUGUGGAAUUAUGAAGACUUAUAAGUUAUAAGAAACCUUACAUAAGUUGUGAGGUGCCAGUGUCUUCUGUUGAUGACGUUAUUAUGGGUUCACGUUAAAACUUCUUCCCAUGUCUACCACAAGAAACUUAUAAGCUCCAUACAAAGGAAAUAUAUUCAUAAAAAAGUUGCAUCAACUGUGUGCAUUUUGAUGUACAUUUUUUGUUGUAAACUAUUGAGUAACGAACCAAGAAACAUGAUAGCGAGUGCAAAAAAGCUCAUAGCACCCUCCACAAUUAAAGGGCAUGUCUGUGAUACAAUGCCAUGACAUUCAUGAUUCAAUGAAAGCCGACGUCAGGCGGUCAAUAACCACGUGGAGGCCUGCGGACAUCUGGCGCGGACCGGUCCCGAUUGGGUGCCGCUGCCCCCACCCCUCUGAGCACCAAACAGGAGCAUUUUUCAGCCGCCACUGACACGGCCUGCAUUGUGCCGCUCUGCUCUGGCGCCGGCCGCUGCCUUUUUGCCGCGCGCGCCGGUGACGGCAGGCUUUGUGACGUUCAUUCGUCAGCGGCACAAAACCAGGCUGGUGGGCUCCCCUGGUCGGCUGGCGAGAGGAAGGGAAUAGAUCUCUGGACUGUGACGCACGGCGCACCCUUCCCGAUCACACCAACAAACACGACUCUCCUGAUCACAACGCAGCACUGGCGCACCGCGGGCUCGUGCAGCCGGGGGAUCUGCCGGCGUGAGUUAUGGCAUUGUGUGUCUUGACGGAUUGAUACUUGUAUUCUUUGGUCGGAAUGCUUUUUCAAGUUUGGUUCAACUCAAAACUAAAGAUUUUCAAAGUUCGCCGAUGAUAUCCUGGGUUAGGUCAUCAGAAAGGUGCUAUUGAAAAAUGAACAAAUUUUAA